AAUCCAAAUGGUAGUGGUAUAAUAAUCCCAGUGCAGAAAGUGCAUACUGCUGAUAUGCCUGUGGGCAAGGCACGUUACUCACCUUGCCUUUGAUUGACAGACAGAAGGGGUUCCUAUCAGUGUGCAUGAAUAGUGUAAUGUUUGUAAGAAAAUGUGUUAUUGUCAUUAAUAAAAUGUUUAUUAUUUGGUUAAAGUGUGUUAAGAUGUUUUUGUCCUGUUACAUUUUCAUUGCUGUUUAUUUGUAACCGGAGUAGGCCCAUCCCACAACAUGGGCUGGACCUGUAUUUAUGAGACAGCCGAUGCUGCAUGGAACACAUGAGAGACAGGUGCACCACAGACACUUUGCAAUAAUUAAAAAUGUUCUGGCUAGCUGUUGGAUUUGUUUUGUCCGUAACUCCGCCAGUGAUCCAGGGCGCAACUAAUACGUUCGUGUGGUGUUACCAUGACCCAUCGUGCAAUGACGCUACGUGGCCAUCAAAGGCUCCAGAAUUCUGCAAUGGUUCACGACAGUCUCCAAUUGACAUUGUUACCAAAAACGCCACUUUGAAUCAGAAUUUAACAUCGUUCACUUUCACAAACUUUGACAACAAGUCUGCCCUCACAAAAAUAGAGAACACCGGAGACACAGUCAAAGUGACUUUGACCGGGAAUGUCAGGGUGAAGGGCGGUGAUCUGCCCGGUACCUACGACAGCAUGCAGUUCCACCUGCACUGGGGAAACGGCGCAUCUGUCCCGGGCUCUGAGCACACUGUGGAUGGGAAGCGAUAUCCUAUGGAGCUCCACAUUGUGAACCUUAAAUCGCAGUAUAAUGGGAAUACAACUCAAGCAGCUGCAGAUUCUACAGGAGCUGCUGCCCUCGGAUUCUUCAUUGAUGUGGCUGAAAAUACAACAGGAGAACCAGCUGCCUGGAAGACCCUGACCUCAUAUCUGUCGAAUAUUACCUUAAAGGGUCAAUCUGUCACUCUGUCCAAUGAGAUUUCCCUGGAUGACCUCCUGGCUGGGAUUGACCGCACUAGAUAUUACCGCUAUUUGGGCUCGCUCACCACCCCCCUCUGCUAUGAGGCGGUAGUCUGGACUGUCUUCAAGGAGCCUUUGAAAGUCAGCAAGGAUUUGAUUGACAUGUUCGCCAACAGUGUGCACAUUGGAAAUAGCACGUCACCACUUUUGAUUAAUUGCUACAGAAAUGUCCAGGCAGCGCAGCCUGUGACACACAGCUCCAGCUCAAAGAUAAACAUCUCUUAUGGGCUCUUUGUCUUUAUUUCUGCACUGUGGAUGAGAUAACAGUUAAAAUGUGACAAGAUGUAACUAUCUACACACACACUAAAUGAUACGAGCUUCUAGUGUACAUGACUGAGGGUGUGUAACACAUUUGAUUACAGUCAUCAAUCAUAUUCAUUUAUGUAUGUUAUAUAAUGAAGGAUGUGGAUAACCCAUUGAAUGUCUUUACACCUGCGGUCGAUGAUGUUCAUAAUUGUUUCCAGAAUGUUCUUAGAGUUGUUUUUAUUUCGCUCUGGCAUAGCUUCUACAGUUGAAUAAUGGUUGAAUGGUACAAUAGUGCGUUGCCAUGUAAUAAGCCACAGGAAAUACUGGAUCUGUAAGUAAAAAAAUGCUGCACUUUGUAACUUUUAUGUA